AGAAACAUGAUUUGAGUGCGUGCUAAAAAUGACAGGCUGUGUCAGUUUUGAGAUUGUUUUACGAUUCCUCUCCAACAAUCUUCACCUUGAAAACUUUGAAUCUGCCUUUGCUGCCUUUCGGGCCGGACACAGAUACAAUGUUCCCGACCUCGUUGCUGCUGCUACCCCUCUCCUCUCCUCACAACUCUCAUAUCAAUCUUCUCUGCUGCUCCUUCAAGCAUGUCAGCUGUGUCGGGAGCGGGAGCUUGAAGCUCCAACAAUAACAAAAGCUCCCGCUAAGGAAAAAGUCCCGCCGGACUCAGCUGAGACUAGGUUUAUUUCUCCAUAUUCUUCUCCCUCUAGACGCCCUUUACUUGCUUCCCAAUCCAGUGCCUUAGUAAAAUCCAGUGAUCAGUCAAAGCCAGCUUUUAACAGCAGUUCAACAGACAGCUGUAGUGACAGCUGUCAUGAACUUAUGUCAAGUUGUCUCAGGUUUGUAGAUAGAAAUGCUAAACAAGUGUUUGGCAGUGAACAGUUUAAAAAACUUGACAUUAGUGUUGUUAAUAUGAUUGUAAGUAGAGACACCUUGCGUGUGAAAUCUGAAAUAGAUAUUGUGAAUGCCCUGCUUGGCUGGGCUAAGGUUAACGGUGCCUCAUCUUUAAAUGGUGCCCAGUACCUAGUCCGCUUCCUUACACUGUCAGCUGAUGAGUUUGAAAAGUGUGUUGUUGGAAAGGGUUUACUACCAUCUAGUGAAGAAGAAAGUAUACUAACCACCCUGCAGGGUCAGGGUAAACUGCCAGAUCACCUAACACAAUUAAGAUACUUGAUGUCUUCGCCUCGACAACCACAGACGAAACAGAAACGAAGACGACGAUUUAAGAAUUUUAGAAGUUCCCGAAAAGAUUCCUCUUCUAGCCUGCUAGUCUCUGGUUCUCCAGGUUCUCCAGGUUCCCCUGAACACAGGAAAGUGAGACUGAACCCUAUCCUGGUUCCAAAAGAAAAACUUCGCAUCAUUGACGAAAUAUUCCUUUGCCUCACUUGCUUUCUAGACUAAUCUAACCAUAGAGCUUUUAUAGGAAGAUAUGAUUUUGCCUCACUUGCUUUCUAGGCUAUACUUAUACCACAGAGCUGAUAUAGAAGUAUCUACAGGGUUACACACAAAGAUGAGACUUCAGUUUUGACCUAAAAAACUUUAAAUAUGAAGAUAUAUAGAUAGUCUUCUAUGAUUUUUUGUAAGAAAAUAAUAAUAUUAAAGUUACAGUUACAGAAAACACAAAUGUAAGUAAGAAAAUAUUGACUUAUUUCGUACAGAAUUCUCUGAAGUCGCAUCCUUUGUGGGUAACCGUGUAAUAAAUUACUUUUUGAAUCUAUAACU